AUGUCACAAUCAAAGCCACAAAUUCCAAUAAUUGGGAGUGAAUUCUUAACAGUAGAGCAAUUCAAAGAAGCUGCUCAACAAGGAGCUAAGGGUAUACAAUCAAUUCAACAAGCCAAAGGAAGUCACAGGUUGAAGAAGGCAAAAGAGGCUGCAAGUAGUUUAGAACAAGUUUUUUCACAUAUUGAUCGGGCCUUUCAUCAAUAUAAACUUCAAACAAAUAGAGCUUUAGGAUUAAAUCUUGUUUUUGCAAAUCCAUUUAUUCUUAAUAAUAAAAGAUUUGAUCAACUAAUUGGAAAAUUUUCUAACAAGGCUUUAUAUGAACUAGAAAAAAAAUAUGAAAGCCUAAGUGAUUGCAGAUCUAAAACCACAUUUUUGUAUAAAAUUGAAGCUUUAGCUGCUGAAAAAAUAAUCGUUCCAAAGGUACCAUUACAUGUUGUAACUAAAAGGAGACCAAUAUCCACCAAACAAGAUCUUUUUUUAAGUCCACAACAAGAAUAUUUUCUAUAUCAUGACCAAGUUCCUGUAUAUAUGCAUAAAUAUACAAAAGAUGUAAUCCACGUGAAUAAAGAUGGUAAUUGUAGUUAUAAAGCAGUGGCAGUAAGUUUAGGAAGAAGUGAGAAUGAAUGGUUAGUGAUAAGAAAAGAAUUAAAGAAAGAAUUAAACGAAAGAGAGCAAUUUUACCAGUCAUUAGUUUUAGCUAAUGAUGACUAUGAGACAAUUAUAAAGGAGAUCGCUUGA